CUGCUUCUAAGCACUUUGAAGCAGCUGCAAGGUAAGGAUCACCGCUCGUUCUUCCACAAGCCUGUCGACGUCAAAGAAGUGCCUGAUUAUUUGGAUAUUGUAUCUUGUCCCAUGGACUUCAGUACGAUGAAGAAGAAAAUACAGAGUCAGCAAUAUUUCCACCUUCGCGACUUCCAGAAAGAUUUUGAUCUGAUCAUCGACAAUUGCACUCUUUACAAUGCCAAAACAACAGUCUACUACCAGGCUGCUCUCAAGUUGAAGCAAGCUGUGAGUUUAUUCUCUCAUUCAAUUUUAUACCUGUCCCUAUUUUUUAAAUCUGAUUCUAUAGAGGAUGAUUUGCACCAAUAUUAA